AAAAGGAUGCGAAUGAAAGCGCACGCACGCGUUUAGGGGGCCGGGCCGGGAUGUGACGGGAAUAGGGUCGGAGAGACUGUGACGUCGCACAGUGAACACAACCAACAUCCGAAUAAUAUUCAGCCAUCACCAUCAGUUGUAAAACGGGCGCGCGUUUAGCAGUCACGCAGAGCAUUCGUCAUCAAAUUCACUAUCAGUGUGUUUCGUAGUUUAGUUUAAAUGUUUGUUUAAUAAGUGAUCUAACCACAUACAUUACACAUACAUCCAUAAUUUAUAUAAAAAAUAGAAGUGAGUGCAGAAUUUUUGCAUUUAAAAAAUAAAAUCUAAAAUGAUUUGCACAUUUAGUGGUUUUCUGCGUAGUAUGGUGUUGGGAAGGACGUAAGACGCAAGAUUGAAUACCGGGCAAUGUGAUUUUGUAAUGUAAAUUAGCGUGCGCGUCUCGUUUGGAUUGUAUUUUGUUUAGUUUGGUGGAUGAACAGGGAACAACAUGUCGUCCGUGUUUAAUUUCUCAGGGAUGCGGAGUCCUCCGCGUCGGCCCAUCAUCUUUCCAUCUCCUACCAGCCCCUUUUGUACGAGUCCUAGUCAACUGGAAGAAGUGACGUUGGACGCAGAUACACCGCUGUAUUCAGCAGGACUGCGAUCACCCAUUCUCGGCUCGCGCGGGCGUUCAAUCAAAGAAUUCGAGGAGCAAUUGAGCGGCCUGCGCAAGGAAAAUUUCAAUUUGAAACUGCGCAUAUAUUUUCUAGAGGAGCGCAUGGGUAGUAAUAUGGACCAGGAGGAUGCUGUCAAGAAAAAUAUCGAACUUAUGGUGGAGCUGGAGAGUCUGAAGAAGGAAGUGCAAGAAAAACAAGAUUUACUGUGUCAGGCUGUCAAAGCGAUGGAAUUGGAAGAGGACGAGCAUCGCAAGGAAAACGAAAAGAAAGAGCGUGAUGUUAAAAACUACAAACAUCAACUCGAGACUAUACAGCAGCAGUAUGAUGCGCUGCAGGAGGAAAUGCAAUCGCAGGUUGAUUUGCGUGAGAGGGAUUUUUUUGGCAGUGCGAUGAAUAUGCAAGAGGAUUCACAGGAGAUAAUCGCACGGUUGGAAAGUCGCAUUGUUGACCUUGAAGGACAAUUGCACAUGGAACACGGCGACCACGUGUUGCCCACAACGCAUGUAACCAUCGAAGAACUCCAGAAUAGUCUCAGUGAACGUGAGGAUAAACUACGCGAGGCUCUCUGUAAGUUGGACGAACAGUGUCGAAGCAUGAGCGAAGUACAAACGAAAUUAACCAGCCUCGAGUUGGAGUUGCGCAACAAACAAUGCGAUGUUGAUUCGCUAAAGCGUAAACUCGAUCAAACCACAAGUGAGAAUAAAGAUUUGCACUUGAGUAUCGAUGAAUUGAAGCGGUUGCACACCGAAGGCACAUCGCUGUAUGAAACCGAAUGCAAGCGCAAUGAACGCAAUCGCGCGGCGAUUUCCAAUCGCAACGCCAAGAUCACCGAGCUGGAGCAUGCGAUUGAAAAGUACAAGACGCAAGUCGGUAAUCUCGAGCUGAAGCUGGAGACGGCUGUAAACGAGGUGAAAAGUAAACGGGACGUGAUUGCGGCGUCGCCGAAGAGCAGCACCCCUAAGGCGCUGCUGCAAUUUACUGACGGCUCGUCUAUUUCAGUGCGAAGUUCGCCGCCGCAUGCAGAAUAUUCGCCUGCGCCAAAGUCGUUGAGGCUGCAGCCGUCGAAAUCGCCAAAUUUUAAGUCGAAGAGCAAUAGCGUCGCGUCCGCUGACGACGAUGCUGAUAAUGUUGAUAAUGCGCCACUACUCGAUGAGGUGCAUUAUCAAAAUCUCGGCGCGCAGGAACUAUGCGCCGAGCUGGUUAAGUACAAAAAUCAUGUGGCUAAACUCGAACAAGAUCAGCUGAAAGCGUGUCGCAUUAUUCAAACAAUGCUUGAGACACGCAAGAAAAACGGGAAAGAAAUUGAUGACCUACAGAGGUCGCUGCAGAAACGCGACGCCAUUAUCAACGAUAUGCGAAUGGUGAAGAUACCAGCGGAGAAGAAGACGAUUCAGGAGCGCGUCUCCGAGCUUAAUCUCACUGCAGCCGCACCGACGUCGGACACUGAGCGGGCCGAGUCGGUGGAUGAGCACGAUCCGCACUUACUCUUGGAACAGUACAAACAGUUUAUCAACGAAUUAGAUUUACAAAAACAGAAACUAGCUCAUACUCUGCAUGAAAAAGACGUUUUUAUUGAGCAACUUGAACGUAAAUUUGAAGAACUCUACAAGGAUAACAAAGCGAAAGAGAAUCGCAUUGCUGAUUUAGAGUAUGAAUUAGUAAAUACGCCUGAUAAUGAAUCCGGGAAUAGUGUUAAAGAAAAAACAGACACUGGUAAUGAGAAAAUAAGUUUCUGGAUUAAAGAAUCAGAAGAAAAAGAUCGUGAGAUUGAUAAAUUAGAGAAGGAACUUGCGAAGCGAACGAAUGAUCUCCAGAGUGUUGUUAAUAUGGAGCUAUGGCAGAAAAAUCGUGAGAUUGAACGCCUGCAGAAGUAUGUAACAAAUUGUGACAAGAAAGAUGUGGAGAUUGCUAACCUCAUGAAACAAAUCGCUGAAUUAGAAAACACAAAUGCUGUAUACACGCUGAGAAUCCAAGAGUUGGAAGAAGUAAAGUAUGAAGAACGUAAUGAAAUUCAAGAGAAACUUAAUACGAGCAAUGAAGACCGAAAUGAUUUACUCAUUGAAGUGAACAGUUUGAAUGCACAGGUUGCUACAGCAGUCAAAGAAAACAAGACUCUUAAAGAAGAAUUGAAGUUGAGUGACGCACUGCGUGCUGAAACGCAGGAAGUUUGUGCGAUACUCGGAAAACGCCUUGAAGAACUCGCAAACUUUUUGGAUACGCUACUUAAACAGAAGUCUGUACUUGGUUUCUUAGGUUUCAAACAAAAUAAGAUGCUAAAACAAAAAGUGGAGGAAAGUUUGGAUUUGUCAAGGAAUUUAUCGAUUACUCUGCAGAUGGCUGGCGAUCAGAGUUUGCUACAGUUAAGUAAUAUAUCAGAACUAUUAAAUUCUACGAAUGCGCAUGCGGGAAUGGAAACAACUUUAGAUUUGAGUAAUAAUUUGACAACGCUGAGUAUUGUACCUGAUGAUAUUAGCUUAACGUAUCAGAAUCAUUUGAAUGUCAAGAGUAAUGAUCAAUCCGAAGUGAUUCGCGUGUUGCGCGCGCAGAUUGACAAACUUAAAGGCGAAGUGGAGAUUCGUGAUCAUGAAUUGUCACAGAGAAUGUCUCUGAAUUCCAUGAGGCAGAUUGAUUUGCUUGAUCAGAUUGGUGAUAUUAGUGGCACAGCUGCAAAUACACCACUUUCUGCUGAGGAAAUUAUGUUACGGCUUAAAUUGAAUGAUAAAACUAAAGAAUGCGAUAAUUCUGACAGUGAAUCAUGGUCCGAACCAGAUCGGGAUGUGAGUAAAGCAAGAAUUGGUCUGGAUGACCAAGUUCUCAAACCAAAAGUGAAAAUGAUCAGUGAAUCCACCGAAAUGGAAGCACGGCCUGUUUCUAGAACUCCAUCGAAGAAGUCGGUGAGUAGUGAGAAUCGUUUAACUGAACAACUUAAUCAAAAAGAUGAGUUACUCAAUGGUACGUUGUUGAAAUGUCAAGAAAUCGAAGCUAAAUACGCGGAAGUUUCGAAAAAGUACGAAGAUGUCUGCGCGAAAUGUCGCCUGCUUGAAAAUAACAACUCUACAUUGAAUAAAGAGUAUAAAGAUCUGGAUAAUUUAUAUCAAUCGUUGAAAACUGCCUACACUAGCGAAAGGGAACAAUUUGAAGUUACUUUGAAUGAUCGCGCUGAAUUACAACGCACUACGAAAGAUUUACAAGAGAAACUUCGAGCAGCGAAUGAGGUUAAGUUGUCUUCUGAAAAUGAAGUUGUUUUACUGCGUGGAAAGAUUGAGAAUUUAGAGUCGUAUAAAUUAAUGCUGAUUGAAUCUAUGGAGACGAAAACCAAAUUCCUUGAAAAUCGUGUGCAUGAAUUAGAAGUUGAGAAAAAUACAGCUCAGCAAGAAAGCAAGAUGGCGGAGGGUAAACUUGAAGAAGCACUCAAAGAAAUCGCACGUAUUAAGGAUAAAUUAUUAUCGGUUGAGUUCAAUCAUGCAAAAUCUACAUCUACACUUAUAGACGACGCAGAAAAGGAAGUACAACGUCGUAGGGUGGAACUUGAGAGAGAUUUUGAAGAACGCGUGCGUAAAAUUGAAUUCAACGCGCAGCGUGAAGUCAAUCGUAUUCGGGAGGCUGCCGAGGAAGUUGCCAAUAAAUACGAGAAGGACUACGUUGAAAAGUCGGAGAUGAAUAAACUCAAAGCGAUGAUUGAAGACUUGGAAUCAGUUCAGGAUGUGUUAAAACUGACUGAGCAGAAGGUACGACAGUUGGAGGCUUCCGAAAAGUGUCUGAAACAAAACUUGUUUGAUUCCGAAUGUUCGUUUAGGAAUAACCUGAAUGAGUUGCGUAGGGAACUCGACACUGCGACAGAACAAAACUCACAAUUGCAGUUGGAGAGGACAAAUAGUGAAGAAGAACGUACGAGUUUACAUUCACAGCUGAAACAGUUUCAUGAUCGCGAGGAAUUGUUUGAGACACAGGUUGCUGACCUAAAGAAUGAUUUUGCGCAGUUGAAAGAUAACUUUAAACGUCAACUACAUGCGAUAGAAACAGAAAAAUCACAUCUUGAAGUUAAAGUCAGCAGUUUAGAAUCACUCAAUGCAGAUUUACAGAAUCAAAUUGUCAAGUUACAAUGCAAUUCCGAAUCGAAUAAGUCUCACUCAGCGCCUGCUACUCCCACAGGAAGAAUAUUGAAUAUGUAUUUGUCUAAGAAUCAACUCUAUCGUCAACCAAAUUAUCACGUCAAUGAUAUUUUCGGGAAUUAUCAGCGUAACAAUGAAAAUAUCGAAAAUGUCGAUGAAGCUGAGCGAAACCAAGCGAAUUCAUCACCGGAUUUGGGCAUUGAGAGUGAUCAGGGACGUUUUUCAAGUCUCGAUGCUAACAUUGUCUCCGUGCGACCACUUCAGCCAUCUAUUGAGUUGGCAGUGUCGAUGAGUGAAAACUUUGACCAACAUCGUCUUUCAAAUGAGAACUGCGGUAAUGAUAAUUGCGGUCGUGUAGUCAAAGAAAUGCACAGCGAGAAUUACCUGCUCAAGAAAAAACUACAAAAGUCAAACAAACUUCUCGAGGAUACUCUGACGCAGCUCGCCAAGGCAAAUCAACGCAAACGUGAAGUGGAGAAGAAUAUUUGCAAACAGAUUCACAAAACCAGUCAGGUGCUCAAAAUUGCAAAGGCAAAUCUUGAUUCAGGCUCGGAUACUGAGCUGGUGCGAAAGUAAUUGCUCAGUUUCCCUCAUCAAUUUUUAAUUCCUAUUUAUUUAUUCAUCUAUGACACAUUGCUCCUCAUGUGUGGUUGGUUGCGUGUCCGUCUGAAUGCCGAGGCGCGCUCAUUUUCUAACAGUUUUCUCUCCUGUACUAAACAAAAACCCAUCACAUUCCUAUUUUUAAUUGUCUACACAUACAAUAUUGAUAUACUAACACAUCCCGUCCAUGGUAAUAUUUAAAAAUUGUUUGUUUUGCGAUAAAGCGUCUACCGAUCCAGUUUUUAACACAACUAUUGCAAUUAAUACAUCCAUCCCUGAACUUUACAAGUUUUAACAUGUCGAAUAUGAUUGAUUAACACACCUUCCACGGCGUUUUUCGCAAACAAAUUUGUGAUCUGCGGCGUGAGCCUCUGUGUGCGUGUUUUCUGUGCGUAUGUGGAGUCAAUUCGAAUGUACAAGAUGGAUGAUAAUGUAAAAACACACGCAGUUAUCUUUCCGAUGCAAAAUUAAUACGAGACUGGAAUGUGAUAUGCGUAUAUAUUACAUAUUUUUAAAAUGAAACUGAUGAAAAUUGAUCACACGUGCCAAAUUGCUGUGCAUUCAGUAUAUUUAUUUGAUUUGAUUAGUAUUAAUCUUGGUUUCUGACCGUUUGUGGCUGUUUUGAACGACGUUGUAUUCAAAUUGUAUGUACAUAAUGGAUGGCGUUGAAAUUUUUGUUUCAGUGCGCGAUUUUUGCUUCGAUUUUGACCAUGUUAAAUUUUUAAUGAUAAGUAUUAGUUAUUGUAUCACUUUGAUGAACUGACUGUAUAUAUUUUAAUUUUAGUUACAACAAAAUAGCACAGUAAAUGAGUUAUUUUAAAAAAUACUUUGUUAUCAUGAUAUUAGAUAAUAUUUUUGUGUU